AUGGACUCUUCUCAUUUCAAGCGUGUACACUAUGAUUUGCCGCAGGAGCAGCUAGAGUAUUUUGGCUCACGGGCAAGAACCUCUCCCAGUUUUGUGCCCUCCACACCAGUGCGUAUCGUGUGCGACAAGGCGACUCUCGGGUGUAAUCAUGAAAUGCUCCGCCGUUCUCAGGAACGGCCAGAAAACGCAAAAAAUGAGCUGCACGCAGUCACACAGCUGGGUAGUCUUGCUGAGAAAUAUCACCAGUAUUUUGCGCAACAUCUACAAGCGGAUAUCGAGAGUCCCUGGCUAAAAACCGACAGCGCUGUCUCCGGGUUUCACCCGGUAAAAGAAUCGCAGCGGCACGAAACCCCAGCACCAAGGACAACUGCGCAAAAGCCAGCAUCAGAGUCUCCAUCGCAUGUCUCUUCAGUACAGCGUGCUCAUCCUCCAGUAAGAGCCAAUUCGUCGUUGCAGCCGCGCUUUCACGGCAGUAUUCCGCAAGAGCAAUCUGCGAGCAUUAUAGAUCACGCAACAUGGCACAUGACGCAGUCCACUGAAAAUUAUCCUUUGCUAUCGAGAAACCAUUAUGAGCAGCCGCAAGGUGAACACGCUCCGGUCUCUAAAUUGUCCGCUUCUUGCGACAGUCCCGUAUCGCGUGACUUGCCCAUAGGAAUGAGUACCAGUGCUCGAUCACAGCACGAAGAGUCAGCGGUGCCGCAGCAAACGAGGGAGCGACCAUCAGAGGCGUGCUCGUAUAUGCCGCAGCAGGUGGAUACAAUUCAUCCGGUUCUGAAGGCGCAGGAUCAUCAGGAGUCCAACUAUUUAGCACGGCGCCCAGCAUCGCAAGGUCAUCUGGAUGAAUAUGAGCGCAUGUGCGAUGACGAAGAAAACUGCACGUUUCACCCGAAGGUGAACAACGCGUCAUGGCGGAGAAAAAUGCGUAUGCAAAGGUCUACCCACCGCGAAAGCGAGAGAGCGAAUUCACUGUGUGCAAGUCGCGGUGACCACGAGGCAAACGUAUACGAUAGGAUGCACGGUGACGCUGACGCCGUGAAGAGACGCAGUGACAGCCGCCGCGCGCAAAAAGAAAUUGACAACACUCAAGUCGAGAGAAAUGCAUCUCAUGGCUCGCGCUCCACUUUCGUGAAUCCGCACCGCUCGGCGGUGGACUCUCAGGCUGAACCCAAAGAGGUUUUCCUGCGGUUGUACGCAGAUGCACAGCGUUAUAACAAGGAAAAGGCUGAGCAGGAGCGGCUAAUUGAACUCAAGCGCCAGCAAGAGCGUGGGGAGGCGCCGUAUGACAGAGAAAAUGGUAGCAAAGCCAGAGACGGCUCACAGGGCCAAGACGACGGGAUUGGUGUCAGCGAAGAUGAAAAAUCUCUCACAGCAAAGCCGCGUGGCUCUAGUUCUCGCCGGAAGGGCUCUGCGACGCGUGACCUUUUCGAGCGACUUUCCCGACCUCAUACGGUCACAAUCAAGUUCGAAAAACAAAAGGAGCAGGCUGAGCAAGAAAAGCGUGAAAAAGAGCAGAGGAAUAUCGAAGCAAAGAGAAGUGAAACGGAGAAAAUUACUGCCUGCAGCUGGAGAAUUCCAAGCAAAAGCUUCACCUUCUCUGACUUGGAGUCUCAGAAUGCUCUCUACGUAUCAUGA